AUGGCGCAGGACAAGCCCCGCGGCAAGAAGCGGCCUGCCCAGGGGCAGGAGCCUCCAGCAAAGAAGUUUGCCAAGGGUGGAGGUUCUGACAAGCCCCGCAGCGCGCCUGCCAAGCCCGCACAGCCGAUGUCCAGGAAGGAGCAGAAGGAGGUCUCUGUGGCCAAGAAGACCAAGUUCCGCCGCAACUUCGCGACCAUCCAGGAGGCGGUGCAGCUGUGGGAGAAGCUGCGGCCCAAGUCCACCAGCCAGGCCGACAAGGAGCAGCUGGUGGAGCAGAUCGUCGGCAUGUUCAGGGGCAAGGUCCUGGAGCUGGCCAACCAGCACACCGCGUCGCGCGUCAUCCAGUUCUGCCUCAAGGAGGGCGCCCCAGACGCACGGGCCGCCAUCGCCAAGGAGGUGCGCGCCCACGCCUUUGAGCUGGCGCGCUCCAAGUACGGCCACUACCUGGUGACUAAGCUCAUAAAUGUGGCGCCAAAGGAGGACGUACCGGGUGAGCCUUGCCGGGGCGGUGUGGCGGCGGGGACAUCAUUGUCGGCGCGGCGCUGA